AUUUGAUUUAAAAGAUUGAUUAAGCAGAAAGAGUAGAGAAAUGCCUUUGAAUGAAGAAAGUGAGGGAUUUGCUCAAAACAACUCCCAAAACCUUCCUUUCCUUCUCUACUUCUGCUUCUCCUUCUAAGCAUCAACUAAUGGAUCCAUCAGAGCGCUACUGUUUCAAUCCCAAAUUGCAAUGGAACCCUCAAGUUGAAGAUUACUUCACUAAGGCCUACGGACCUGAUUAUUUCUCUCGCAUUUCUCAUGCCCUCACGCGUCCGCCGAGUUAUUCUUGUAUUCGAGUUAACACACUUAAGACAACAGCUGAUGCUGUUGUUGAGAAGCUAAUGGAAUUUGUCAAAGAAACUAGCUUUGAAGAUUGUAGUGAGGCAGGACGCAAUGAUAUUGAGGAUAGGUUGUGCAAGAGUCCCAUAACUAAGUGCCAGAUACCAGGGUUGGAUUAUGUUUUGUUUGUUAAGGGUUCAGGGCCGCACAUGAUUGAUUAUGGUUUUUCACCUGGUGCUCCUCCUAAAGAAGUCAUUGUCAGUAGAAAAUGUGCUGAAGCAGUUCUCCGGGGUGCUCAGGUGUUUGUUCCUGGUGUAAUGGCUUGUAGUGCACAUGUUGAAAAAGGAGAUGCUGUUGCUGUUUCAGUUGCUAUAGAGCAGCAUUGUCCUGAUGGUGGAUGGGCUAUUGGUAUGACACGUGGGACUGUUCUACAAGGACUUCCAACAGAUCCCUAUUAUUUCCAAAGAAAUGGCCUGUAUAUUGGUCAAGGAAAGACAACAAUGUCAAGAGCUGGCUUAUUCCGUGUUCCAGAAGGAAUUGCUGUGGAUAUGAGCAAUCGCGUAUUCAAACUUCCUUCCUUUCAUGAUGUGCUUAAGGGGGAAAUAUUUCUUCAGAACUUUCCAAGCAUCAUUACUGCUCAUGCCCUAGAUCCUCAAAAAGGCGAACGGGUGUUAGACAUGUGUGCCGCACCUGGAGGGAAAACAACUGCUAUUGCAAUCCUUAUGAAGAACGAAGGAGAGAUUAUUGCAUGUGAUAGAUCUCAUAAUAAGGUGCUAGAUAUUCAAAAAUUGGCUGCUGAAAUGAGCUUGACUUGUAUAACAACUUAUAAGUUGGAUGCUCUCAAAGCUGUUCGUCGAAAAACUGAAUCCCAUGAACCUGUCACUGUUGGUUCUGAAUCAUUGAGGGUCCAAGAGGAGAAACCAUCUUCUGCUGUUCAAGGGUUGAAUCCUGAUAAGGCAUGCAAUGAACCUGUUAGCAAUGAAAAAGAGAAAGAGAGAACUUAUGUUAGCAAAGCUGACAUCAGGAAGGAGAGGCGAAGAAUGAGGAAUGGGCCAGGAAGGAAUCAGUGCCUGGGUGGUAGAGUUGAGAAUUCUAAAGGUUUUGAUCCUGACAGCUUUGAUCGAGUUCUUCUUGAUGCUCCCUGUUCAGCUCUAGGUUUGAGACCUAGACUUUUUGCUGGAGAGGAAACUGUCAAAUCAUUAAGAAGCCAUGCAGUGUAUCAAAGGCGAAUGUUUGACCAGGCUGUUAAGCUAGUUCGCCCUGGUGGAGUUAUAGUGUAUUCGACAUGCACAAUAAACCCUGGUGAGAAUGAAGCACUGGUAAGAUAUGCUCUGGACACAUAUAAGUUCCUCUCCUUAGCACCACAGCACCUGAGGGUUGGAGGACCUGGCCUUGUUGGCAGUUGUGAAUUUCCUGAUGGAUACAUGGAGGAGUGGCUAAGACCUGGUGAAGAAGAACUUGUUCAGAGGUUUGAUCCAUCAUCUCCCCUUGACACAAUUGGUUUUUUCAUAGCGAAGUUUGCGGUUGGCACAAAAGAUAUUUAAUUUCUUGGGAAAGAAAUGCACAACUUGUAUGAUUAGAACCAGUUAGAAUGGUAGAGAAAGUCGCUCGAAAUGCAAGAUGUCUUUGUUUAUGAUGACCAUAGCCACCAUAUGGCGAUAGAUUGCAGUAUCUUCAUUUGCCCAAAUUAUUACAUGGUGCAUGAAUGAUGAAGAAAAUGGUUAGGUACUCUGCAUUCUUUUGGUCGGCAUUUUUCGCCACCGAAGAAGGUGGUAUGAUAGGCUUUAAUUGUUUCUAAUUUACUUUUGUUUGAAUGAACAAAAAAGUUUUGGAUUAGAAGCAUGAGAUGCAGUAAAAUCAGUCUUUUUGGUACUA